AUGAUGCGCCCGCAGCCAACCAGUGCAUAUCAGGUAAAGGGAAAGCACAGCCCAUCCGUCCCGUCGUCCGGCCAGUCCAGUCGCACGGCACACGGGUCUGCCCCUCCCCUCCUCGGCCUGCUCAUCGUUUCGUCACUCCGUGCCGUUUUGUCGGGUGACGGACGGUUUGACGACAACGGGUCGGAGCCCUACGGCCUGUGA